UAUAUCAUAAGAUUUACUAAUUGGACAUCGGAGUUUUUAAAUUUAACUUAAACGUUCAUCGGAAAGUAUAAAAUACUAUCAAACGACCGUAUACAGUAACUGGUUAUAAUCUAUUUGAACUUGAAAGAACAUUGCAUUUAUUUAAAAUGACAAUGUCAGAAGCUAUUGUAAACGGUUCUAAAUGUUCGGUGAAGUUAGUCGGAGAAAAGCUGGUUAUAGAAGAAAAUUCACACGUAAAAUCAUCGGCAUCAUCCAAAAGAGAGAUUGAAGUGAAACACAUUCUAUCCGUGCAAUACACGUGCGACAAGUGCCCGUGCGUGCGUCUCAAUCACGUUGCCAUACACACCAACAAGCGUCUACGGGUUCAACAGCUUGACAUCAGAAGCGAUGAACACACGUGCAAAACACUGGAAGAAAAGAUUGCGAAUUUGCUGAAUGACUUACCGCGUCCCAGACGCUUGCUGGUGUUUAUCAACCCAAAGUCCGGUCACCGAAAAAGCGUGAAGAUCUACCGGACCAAAGUCCGGCCCCUCUUCAAGCUUGCAGGGAUAUAUACAGAAAUAGUCGAAACGACACGAGUAGGCCAGCCCAUUGAUUUGUUGGCCAAGUACGACUUAAGUUUAAUUCACGGUAUCGUCUCAAUCGGCGGCGACGGGAUGUUCUCCGAGUGUGUCAAUGGGCUUCUUCGUCGGCUCCAAGCGGACUCAAAGGUGGACGCCGAUGAUGCCAACGCCGACAUUACACCCUCUAACAUCCCCAUUGGAAUCAUACCCACUGGUUCAGGGAAUUACCUUAUGAACUACAUUCAUGGUACAAAGGAUGUGGAAACAGCAACCUUGAAAAUCAUUCUAGGUGACCACCACAUGUCGAACGUUGUGAGCUUGCACGAGGGACAGCGGUUGACGCGGUACGCAAGUCUGCUCGUGGAGUUCGGGCUGAUCGGCGAUAUGAUGCACGAUUGUGAGAAAUUCCGCUGGAUGGGGCCCUGCAGAUACAGUGUGAUCCCGAUGAAAUCACUAGCAAAACGGAAAGUCGUAGAUGUAAAGCUGGAGUAUCUACCUGAAGACGCCAAGGCUGUCAGCAGCCCGCCUAGACGUCGUGCAUAUUCCCGCCAAAAGUCACUACCGGCUAGUCAGAUAGGCGACAUCCCACGUAGCCGCCUCUUUUCCAACCCGGAAGGAUCUGUUGGGAAGAAAAUCAACGGUUGGAAACAAAUGGAAGGGUCCGUGUACGGAGUUGAUAGCUACGUUGUCACACAACGCGAAAAACAAGGGGCGCUCGUACCUAGGUUCGCAGACGACGCUUUAACAGUUUGGAUGACGGACAAAUGUGGCCUCUCUGAUCAUGUAGAACAGCUGUCCAGGCUGCAGAACGCUAAAUCUGGAUUUCUAAACUUCGACUUUGUGAGAAAAGUGAGAACGACAAGGUACAGGGUAAAACUGUCGUCUGCGGCGGCUACGCUCGAUUCUGACGGCAAACGUCAUCUGAAGAAGAAAUUUUAUAUCAACGCUGAUGGAGAGGCUAUUAAGUUAGACACACCGGAGUUCGAAGUAAAAUUGCACCAUGAGGCAAUGCCUAUAUACGGUAAAAUCGAUGGGUUACCUUGAAAAUGCCCGCACUUUCUUCGUGCCAAAACCCCAGUGCCCAAACACUGAAUUGUUAUUUUAUGACGACGGGUCCAACUCGGACUGCGAUAGGGCAAAUAUACACACGCUUUCAGAAGUCUACGCAUACAGUUCAGAGCAUGUUGUGCCAAAUUCUACGCAAGAUUGCCAAAAUGCCCAAGUACUGACGCAGAGAGAGAAGGGAGGAGGGAUUCAGUUAAAUAGCUUGUCUGAGAAUGGUUCGACUAGCGACGAGUGAUGGGAAGCUAAAUGACAAUACCUUGCAAGCUUUGCAAAGGGUGUGGCAGAGGCUUCCCGAUCUACGUAACAAGCAUAUUCAAUGACAUUGUCUUGAAUGGAAACUAGACAUCGAAAAACAUAAUGUGCACGUCAAAUGUUAUUGCAGGAAUAAGAAAAUAUAAGGACACACCAGGUGCGCGAAAUAUACUUGCCAAACAAAGUCCCAAAUCUCAGAUUUCGGGGAUUUUCAUUGUGUAUACAUCUUCAAAGGCGCUUGUAGCCUUUUUGUCUACAUGUGUUAUACGUAAUUUUGUCAGAUAGGAUAGAUACAAUAGGUAUUUGGUAGUUCAUCAUUCGUAGAUAUCUUAUAAUGAAACGAGGAAGGAAUAUUCUUUCUGAAAACAAAUAUUGUUUGGUAUAACAUUAUUCGUAGAUAUUUUGCAAUGAAACGAGGAAAGAAUAUUCUUUCUGAAAACAAUUGUCUCAUUUAUUUAAUUUAUGUUUCAAAUUUAGCUUUUUUUCUGGAACAUUAGUUGUAGUUUAUUCGUCUACGCACUUUACUUGAACCACGACGAGAAACAGCAUCUGUCUCGAGAUUUAGUGAUAUAUUUAUUAUGUUAUUUAUUCCGUUUAAGUGUUUUAUUUAUUUGUGAUAUAGAAAUAACGAGCUAUUUUUUACAAAAAAUGGCGACGACCCCCGGCAAGUCUUAUUUGACUGACGGAAGAUUUUGUUCUUUUAAAAUGUAAUUUAUUUAUUUUAUUGAC